AUGACGGAGAAAAAGUGGCUCACCCGUUUUGUGUUCCUGGAGAGUGUGGCGGGGGUGCCGGGGAUGGUGGGGGGAAUGUUGCGACACUUGAGGAGUUUGCGGCGCAUGAAGAGAGACAAUGGAUGGAUCGAGACCCUGCUGGAAGAAGCGUUCAAUGAGCGGAUGCAUUUGCUCACCUUCCUCAAACUCGCCGAGCCCGGAUGGUUCAUGCGGAUGAUGGUGCUCGGCGCCCAAGGAGUGUUCUUCAACGGAUUCUUCCUCUCCUACUUGAUUUCGCCGCGCAUUUGCCACCGAUUCGUCGGAUACUUGGAAGAGGAGGCGGUGAUCACCUACACCCGGGCGAUCAAGGAGAUCGAAGACGGCAAGCUCCCCGAGUGGGAGAAGCUGGACGCCCCCAAUAUUGCCGUCUCCUAUUGGAAAAUGCCGGAGGGCCAGCGCAGCAUGAAGGACCUCCUUCUCUACGUUCGGGCGGACGAGGCCAAACACCGAGAAGUCAACCACACCCUGGGAAACCUGAAGCAAGGGGCCGAUCCCAAUCCGUACUCGGCCAAGUACAAGGACAUGACCAAGGCGCAUCCUGGCAAAGGCAUAGAAAAUCUGAAACCCACCGGCUGGGAGAGGGAAGAUAUUAUCUGA